AUGCACUGGGCGGCGCUCGCCGAUCCCACCGCACGAAUCUUCUCGCUCGAUACCGGGCGCCUUCACGAACAAACCUACGUCUUCGCCGAAACGCUUCGGCGUCGUUUCGGGCUCGCGAUUGAGUGGUACACGCCAGAUCGCUCGGCGCUCGAAGCUCUACUGAAGGACGACGGUCUCUUCGGAUUUCGCACCGGCCUCGAGGCACGCCGUCGAUGCUGCGCGGUUCGUAAGGUCGAACCCCUGUUGCGCAUUCUCGACACCGCCAACGCUUGGGUGACCGGUCAACGACGUCACCAAAGCGUCACGCGUUCCCAACUCCAACUCGUCGAGUCCGAAGACGGCCGCACCAAAUACAACCCGCUCGCGGACUGGACGAGCGCCGAUGUCACUGCGGAGACCAAACGCCUCGGCCUCCCGGAGCAUCCGCUGUACGCGGAAGGAUUCACGUCGAUCGGUUGUGCACCCUGCACCCGAGCGACGCGCGACGGCGAGAACGAACGCGCUGGCCGCUGGUGGUGGGAGCAUCCCGAACACAAAGAGUGUGGGCUCCACCAACGACGAGAGGCGGUUGGAUCAUGA